AUGGACAUAAUCAGUGAGUUACCCGAUGAAUUGUUGGUUAAGGUUUUAUCUUUUAUCCCAACAAAACUCGCUGUAUCAACUAGCAUCUUGUCGAUGUGGAUGUGGUUGCCGAAACUUGAUUUCAUUGGUGAUAUUCAGUCAUCGUCCGAUGAAUGCGAAAGGUUACGUUGUUUUCUUGACAUGAAUCUCCCACUUCAUAGAGCUCCGAUUAUCGAAAGCUUCCGUCUCAAGUUAUCUCGUGCACGUGUCAAACCUAAAGAUGUCAAAAUUUGGGUUUUAUUUGCAUGUUCUCGCAACCUACGUGAGUUGGAGAUUUCUUAUGAUAAUUAUCUGUCCGACCGCUCAAACGUAUGGCCGGUAUUGCCGAGUAGCUUGUAUAUCUGCAAAUCUCUCGUGACCUUGAAACUUGAAGGAGACAUUCUCUUGGAUGUUCCUCGUAUGGUUUGUCGUUCCUUCUCUGAAAAAACUGCAACUUGA